AUGAGUGUAACUAUGGUAACUGUAAAUUCAGUAUCACAUGAUGAUGUUAAUGAUUCAUUUGAUCGACCACGACCCAAGUUAACUGCUUCUCAACGAACAAAUAAAGAAUUAAGACGACUUGGUGCUAAACGACAAAAAGAAUCAAGUGAUGAAUCACCACCAAAACGACAACGAAAACCAAAGCGAUUUGCUGAUGAAGAUUAUUAA